UUAGGCUUUCUACACAUGAAUCCGCGGACGCCGCGGUCCGCGGAAAACACGUAUAACUUGUGUUAUUAAUUAUGUUAUACCUACCUUCAACACUGAAUAAUAAACCGAUGCCUUUGACAGAUUGUUUAUUGUAUUUAAACAGUGUGUUGAUAAACAUUGCAUGUUGUGUCCGGAUAAACCUUGCAUUUGUUGUGAUUUAAUAAAACAAUUAUGAAUCGCGAAAAAACUGCAGCCGUUCUGCAAUUUACUCAAGCAAUGACGAAUUUCCUUCGUCUACAUAUGGUUUCCCUUCGCCAACCACCUGCUAGGGAAUGGAUGCGCCCCAUGCUGCUCGAAAGAGAUGACCACGCUGGACGACUAAUGGACACAAUUUUGGAAGAAGAGCUGGAUAGCACCAUAAUUAAUUUUUUGAGGCUAUCCAGAAAUGAUUUCAACUAUCUGCUUCGUGCUGUUGAAUCGAAAAUUCAAAAAGUAGAUACAAAUAUGCGCAAGAGCUUAUCAGCUAAGGAAAAGCUCAUUGUGACUUUGCGGUAUUUGGCAACGGGCGAUCAAUAUAAAUCGCUUGAAUAUUCAUUCCGGAUUUCAGCACAAGCUAUCAGCAGCUUUAUUCCCGAAGUGUGCGACUGUCUCGUUGAAACGUUGCGAGAUUACGUAAAGCUACCCUCAAGUCCAGACGAUUGGAUGAAAAUCGUACAGGGCUUUGAGGAUAAAUGGAACUUUCCUCAUACGCUCGGGGCUAUGGACGGCAAGCACGUAGGAAUCAAAUCACCCCCCAACAGUGGAACCAACUACUACAACUACAGGAAAUUUUUCAGCGUCGUACUGUUGGGAGUAGUAGAUUCCAACAGUAAUUUCAUAUUUGCAGAUGUUGGUUCCAGGGGAAGAAUCUCUGAUGGAGGUGUAUUUAAAAAUACAUUACUCUAUCACAAGCUAGAGACAAAUGAGUGUAACCUUCCAUGUCCAGCACCGUUAAGCCCAUCGUCAAACAUCUUGGUUCCCUAUAUGUUUUUAGGUGAUAAAGCAUUUCCUCUAACACAAUAUUGCCUUCGCCCUUUUGGUGGUUUGACCGAAAGGAGAUCGACCGAGCGAAACUUCAACGAGCGACAUUCUAAAGCUAGACGCUGCGUGGAAAUGGCUUUCGGAAUCCUGAGUGGACGUUUCCGGGUUUUAAAAAAACCGAUUGAGCUCGAAGAAGGAAAUGCAAAAAAAGUUAUAAUGGCUGCAAUAUAUUUACAUAACUUCAUUCGUAGAGAUGCAAAUGUGCGAAGCCAAGAUGCUAGACGAUUCAACACUACUCACGACGAAGUGAAUUUACGUAACCUAAACUCGAAUCGAAAUCGCUCCGGGAACGAAAUGCUACAUAUUCGGAUGCACAUUGCUGACUUCCUCCUAAAUCAUUGAAAUAUCCCUGCUAAUUUAAAAUUAAACUACUGUGACAUUAUGAAUUGAAAAAAAACUGUAUUGAGAGCAAAUAUUGUGUAUCUUUAUUAUUUAAUUAUCGCAACCUACCGACGAAAUGCAUUCAGAUUGCAUAAAAAUGAUUUCAUAAACUAGAACUAGAACUUUAAUAGAAUGUCGAUUUUACUUACGGUAUCGAUGGUUGUUCCACACGCUGUGCUAGAAUCCAGGAAGCUCAUAGCACGGUAAGCAAACCAGGUCGGGCGAUAAAUUUCAGCGGCACCUGAAAAUAUCAAAUAAACAUGACAACAUUAACAUGCACUACGAAAUAUCUUUUAAUACAUACCGGAACCAG